AUGAUCGGACGAGGACGGGGUAGCGGCAGCCGCGGUGGCAGCCGCAUGUACCAAAGGAAGGACGCGGGGGAGGAGUGGCCGAACCUCGUAGACGUGGUGCUGUCCUGGAGACUCACGGAUGUCAUGAACGAGGAUCUCUUCAAGGACAAGGUGAAGAAGAUACCGUCGACAUUCCCUCACCUCAAGAGCUACCUGGAGUGCUACACCUCUCCAUUGCUGGAGGAGCUGAGAGCUGAGAUGUCGUCCAGCUUGGAAUCCAUAUCAACCGUGCCUUCUGUCAGGAUAUCACGGAUUGAAGAAAAGAAAGAUAGAUACGAAAUUUCUGUGGCUUCUGAUUGCCAGGUUGCUAAGCCAUGUAAUCACCCUGAAUGUUAUGCUCCAAGUGUUGGUGAUAUAAUUGUCUUGUCCGAUGUGAAGCCGGGCCAUAUUUCUGAUAUUACUCGCAACGGAAGGCCAUACCGAGUUGCCUUCGUCACAGAUGGAGGGGAUGAAGAUGACGACUCACCACCGGCUAAGUACGCGAUCAUAGCGUCAGGCAAAAUCGAUGCUGCCGAUGGCGGAUGUCAAGAUGGUAAAAGUGCCUCACUUUUUGCUGCUUGUCUCCUCAACAUUGUGACAUACAUCCGAAUAUGGCGUUGCCUUGACUAUGAAGCAGCUGUCCGAAGAAACCAAGGCCUUAUACAGAAGAUGGUACAGUAUCAGCCGGUUCCAGAUACUUGUCAGAAAAGCACAGAGGAUGCUGGUUCAAUUGACAGCGUGGAGAUAUGGACCAAGUUGUCUACAAUGGACCUUAACACUUCUCAGAAUGAUGCUGUCCUGAAUUCUAUUUCCAAAAUGCAUUGCAAGAGCAGCACGUUUACCCUAAUCUGGGGUCCUCCUGGCACAGGAAAGACAAAGACAAUCAGUGUGCUGCUUUGGUUAAUGAGAGAAAUGAAACGCGGUACACUCGUAUGUGCUCCAACAAACCUUGCCAUUAAACAAGUUGCUUCACGUUUCUUGAAGUUGAUCCAAGAGAAUUCUGUUGAUGCAAGGUGCUUGGGAGAUGUUCUAAUGAUUGGCAACAAACAGCGCAUGUGCGUUGAUGGUGAUCUCAAAGAGAUAUAUUUACAUGACCGUGUAAGGAAGCUUCUUGGCUGCUUUGCCCCAUUAACUGGAUGGAAACAUCACCUGUCUUCCCUGUCUGAUUUUUUUGAGAAUGGCUACUCACAAUACCUCCAACAUCUACAAGACAAUCAGGAAGGUGAUACACCUUCUUUUUUCUCUUAUAGCAGAAAAAGAUUUGCCAUUAUUUAUAUGGACCUGAGAAGAUGUUUCAAAGAAUUAUUGUUACAUGUCCCGAAAUCUAGUAUUCUGGAAGUGAAUUACAACAAUAUCCUUUCACUUCUUGAAAUGCUUGAAGAGUUCAACCGCAUGUUUGAGUGGAGGUAUAUUGGGGAUGAAAUUAAGGAAGUUUUCUUGUACAGUAAUGACGAACCUGAUCAUACAAACUCGAGUGUAAUCACUCUUGGCAAAACGAGGAUAAAAUGCCUUGAGAAACUGAACACUCUGUUAAGUUGCUUGAAACUUCCUCUAAUAUCCUCAAAGCGUACCAUUCGUGAUUUCUGCAUUGAAAGUGCUUCCAUAGUUUUCUGUACUGUAUCUAGCUCCACAAAAGUAAUUACUAACAAAAAGCUAGAGUUGCUUGUGGUUGAUGAGUCUGCCCAGUUGAAAGAAUGUGAAACACUGGUCCCUUUGCGUUUGUGGACCUUAAAGCAUGCUGUUCUAAUUGGUGAUGAGUGCCAAUUACCAGCAACAGUCAAAAGCAAGGUUUGCACGGAUGCAUUAUUUGGAAGAAGCCUUUUCGAAAGGUUGAGUUCACUUGGGCAUGAAAAGCAUCUACUUAAUAUGCAAUACAGAAUGCAUCCAUCCAUUAGUAUUUUCCCAAACACUAGCUUUUAUGAAGGGAGGAUCUCAGAUGCCCCUAGUGUCAUGGGAAAAGAACACCAAAUGAUGUAUCUUCCAGGUUCUAUGUUUGGUCCUUACUCCUUUGUAAAUAUUGGACAUGGAAGGGAGGAACGUGAUGAACUUGGUCAUAGCAAAAGAAACUUUGUCGAAGUUGUUGUCAUUGAAGAAAUAUUGUACCGUCUCCGAAGAGCUUGUUGUAAGACUAAAAAGAAAGUUACGGUUGGUGUCAUAUGCCCAUACACUGCUCAAGUUCUAGCAAUCCAAGGAAAAAUAGGGAAAAUGAAGUUCCACCCAUUACAAGUAAAAGUUAAUUCCGUUGAUGGCUUUCAAGGUGGUGAAGAAGACAUCAUCAUUUUAUCAACUGUGAGGUCAAAUUCGGUUGGGAUGGUGGGUUUUCUUUCAAACACACAGCGGGCAAAUGUGUGUUUGACACGAGCAAGACAUUGCCUUUGGAUCCUAGGAAAUGCAACAACUUUAUCAAGCAGUGGAUCUAUUUGGGCUGAUCUAGUUCGUGAUGCAAAGGAUCGGCGGUGUUUCUUCAAUGCCAAUAGCGACAUUGCUAUCUCUCGUGUGAUUGCUAAGCAAAGGAGCGAUCUCAACAGAGUUAAUGUUAAAAAGGAUAUACAUAUCUCAAGUUCUAAAAACUGCAGGGUUUGGGUUGAAAUGCAAUCCCCAAGUGACUUGAAUGAACAGGGAACGUCUUCGACGAGUGUUUCACAUUACGCUGGGAGCCCGUCAAGUGACAUUGUUGUUGUUUCUGAAUUCCAGCGUCCAGGCAAUAAAAAAGAGGAUGUUGAGGAUAUAACUGUUAUACCCACCAUUCCAAAUAAAGAGGAUGAUAAGGAUAUCAUUGCUAUGCCCGUUGUUGUUGUUUCUGAAUUCCAGCGUCCAAGCAAUAAAAAAGAGGAUGUUGAGGAUAUAACUGUUAUACCCACCAUUCCAAAUAAAGAGGAUGAUAAGGAUAUCAUUGCUAUGCCCGUUAUUCCAGAUAAAGAGGAUGUCGUUGAUGACAUCCCUAUCCUCGCCAUUCCUUGCGCCGUGUUGUGUAAUCUAGCUACACGGUGUAUGCGUUUGUUCCGAUCUUAA